AUGCAACGGAACACCGCUCUGCCGGAGCUGCGAUCUGACCAAGCACAGGGGCUUGCGGGAGAUGCUACUUCGACGCAUAGGAAAGACUUUGCCGCACCGAAGGAAGAAGACGAUUCUUCAGAGGGUAAGGCGCACGCGCUGAGCGAGACCGACUUGCAUGAGCGACACACACGCCCAAGCUCUGAGCCGAGAGCCGAGCACGGAGAAGAGCAGGCAGAUGGGGAAGCUGGCUCGAGCGACAGUAGCUGGAUCUCCGUCUCCCCGGUCGAGGUAGAGGUGAAGCUGGACCGAUCCGAACGGAAACGCCCAGCGCCUUUGAGCGCAGAUGCGAGACGCUCGAGCGAUUGGGAUGCUCAUGCCCACCCGUCAAAGCGGAGACACAAAUUUGGACACGCAGGCUCGCCUGCUGCCAAUUCCUUGCCCAACACUCCCACUUCCGCCACCUUUAUGCCUAGGUCCAUGGUGCAGGUCUGA